ACCGAGUCUGGCCACACUGUCGCUUUUUGUCAGAUUCGAUUUUGUAUGCUGUAGAAGCCGAAAAUCCGUGUAAUUACACCCCCUUUGCUACACCGGUGACCAUGAAAUCUCUUGUGUUAACAACACUUUCAAUUUUUCUUGGCCUAUUUUUCAUCUUCGUGGGAUCUAUGAAGGUUACUCCCAAUAUAAAUCGGGAAAUGCACCGCGAAAUCAGGCGAAACUUCGUGCAAUACUCAAAAGUGUUUCCAACAACGAAAUACAUGGGCCUCAAGGUGAGCCCGAAAUGGUACCGCCUUGUGGUUGGCUGGGCUGAAGUAGUGUGCGGCACUACCUUAGUUCUUGUUCCAGGGAGGGUGAAACAAGUAGCCAAUGUGGUCCUUCUCAUUCUCAUGUUGGGAGCCUUGUACACUCACGCUGCUCUCCAAGACAAGUUUGAGCGCAUGGCUCCCUCAAUCGUCUUCACUCUCAUGUUGGGCUGCAGGCUCGUCGUCUACUACCAAGUUCGGCGUCGGCAUCAAGCGGAGGAGUCUCGUAACAUCGAGAAGACCGCGAAGCAAGAUUAAGGAUUAUCGCCACAUAGGAACUCAACAUUUCGCACUCUGGGCCCUUGGAAGUCGCGCAUUUAAGGGGGGCAAAGUGCAAACGGCAACAUCGUCGCCCUUGAAAAUACGAGCUACAUCUGCAGAUUGGUUUCGUCUAGCUUUGCAGAAUUUUACAGCGCGGAACAUUAUUUCACACAGGUUUUUAGUUUUGUGUAGUAGGAAACGCAAGUAAGCACUACUUUGAGUUCUGCCUAUGUGGCAACUACUCAUGAGGUUGCCCACUAUGAUAGGUAGAUAGAUAGAUAAAUUUAUUUCACACUCAAGGUGUUGGAAAUCAGGGCAAAAAAGCCAUGUGGCUUGACUAGGCCCUGACUCCCUUACAUUACAUUCAAUACUUCAUAUAAACCAACAAAGAAUAAAAAUCCGUGCAGUCCUAAUAACAAAAAUACAACGUGCAACCAGAAAAACAAAAAAAUUUUACAAUAAAGAGCUGUUUCAUAUUAUAAUCUGACAAAGCAAAGAUAUCAAUAUCAAUAGAAGCCAACAUAUUUAACAGGAUGACGUCUUAAUUAUUUCAGUUUAUUCCAGUCGCAUUUCUCAUAAAAGGGAAAUGAAGGGAGAGAAAUAUCAUGGAAUGUCUUCCCCUCCCCUUCAGUUUAUUCCAGUCAUGUUUCUCAUAAAAGGGAAAUGAAGGGGCAGAAAUAUCAUGGAAUAUCUUUCCAUCCCCCUCUAUUUUCUGUCACGUUUUCCUUGUUCCUCCCAAGUGCCGCUCGACCAAUGAUUUCUAAGUCAUUUUGUGUAACCUCCGAAGUAGUAUACGACAACGUGUGCAGGACAACGUGUUGGAAACACAGAUUGUUGCUGUUAUACAGGGUUGAGAUUAAUAUGAUUGCAAGAACAGAAACUGGUAGCUCUUGCAUAAAGGAAUGCAAUGUCGUUCAUUACCAUUUCAAGUAUGUAGUGUGAUCUUGCCGGGUAACUUCACCGACUUCAUGCUUCUAUAGACAUCAGACACGUUCACUCGGCGUGUCCAACCUUGGUUGUAGUUUGUAAGGGAUGGUACCUUGCUUUCCAACAAUGUUUGCCAUUCAUGCAACAGUUGCAUUCGGACGGUUAGAGACCUUCCAGCAUCCUCUACGGAGUAGAGAAACAUGUUCCAUUUCUUUGUACAUAUGCAUUACAAGCAGCUCGUCCAAUGCAUGGGCUGAUCGACAUCUCGUACAAUUUUUCAAGGUCUUAGAUUGCGCGUUACUUCUUCUCUUCGCAAUACAGGACUCCUCCAGUCAUUGCAUUUCUUUGCAGUAACUGAACUUAAUCACCAUUAACAAAAUAACUCAUUUAUUAUCGUCAGAUAAGAAACGGAUCUCAGACCAACAGUAUUAUCAUGUCAGUUCAAGAACAUCUCGUAGUGAACGAUUUAGAAUAGAAUUUCCUUCGGCUUGUAGUGAGCAAUGAGAAGGCAGACCUCUCGACUACUGUGACAUAUUUUUUUUAAGUUGCACAGGAACUUUCCAAACGUGGGUCAGUUUUUUGUUGUUUUAUUUUUGGUUUAUCUGUCAGCACACUUUUACUUAGAGAGUAGGCUAACACUGAGCCCAGUUGUACUGACAUUGUUUGCUCAUGACCAAUUGCUUUUCAUCAUUUUUCAACUGAGCAUCUCAUUGGUGUAUCACAUCACAAUCUUGCAUGUGCCUUCUGAUUUCAGUUUGUCUUCGAUACCACCAAAAGCCUCCGGGAGAAACUUCGGGAGGUUUGUGCAUGUAGCUAAGGUUUUUUGUUAGUAUUUACUUAUUUGUUUGUAUGUAUCGUGUGCUACUAGUCUUUUUGUGUGUAGAGCUUCUUCCAAGUGUUCACUCUAUCCUUUGAUUUGUGUAGCUUAUUUAAAUCUUUUUUUUUUUUUUUUUUUUAAUGAUCUAGUCACUUAAGCUGCUCAAUUGUGUUUUAGUUCUAGAGGUGGCAAUUUCGAGCAUCCACGGCCAUACAUGAAGCAGUUGUGCUACACAGUAGAUGCUUCUAGUAACCGCAAAACUUAAUAUAUGCAUGCACAAUAGAAUCCUAGUCAGGCAGUUCUCAGCCAUUAUUUGCACUGUAGCGUGUUGCAGCUUUCAUAACAGACAAUAAAAAGACACUUGUAGAAAUGUUGGUCAUCAUAUCUACUAUGUAUACUGUUUGUACCAAUACACACAACUGAAUCACAAUACCCUUCUCUGUCCAACAGUGUGUGUGUAUGCAUUAACAGUACAGCACAAUCAUAAAGCAAACAUAAUGCCC